CUUCGACAUUGUUGUUGAGUUUGAUUUCUUGUUAUAUUUUGAUUGAAAAUGAUACCAGAUAGGUCGAAUUUUUUCUCAUGACAUUUUUAGCUUUGGAAAUUCAGGGCUCUGGAAUUUUGGUCGUCUGAUAGUUGGUGAUUUAUUCGACGUUGUGGUUGAAUAUUUGACAUGGAAAUAUUCAAGCAGGCCUUACUGAAACCUGGGCCACCGGAAAGUUUUGCUCUCCAGGUAGUGCAAGAGGCCAUAAAACCUCAGAAGCAAACAAAACUAGCUCAAGAUGAGAAUCAAUUGUUAGAAAAUAUUCUUCGGAAAUUACUUCAGGAACUUGUGUCAUGUGCCGUUCAAUCAGGGGAGAAAAUUAUGCAGUAUGGGCAAUCAAUUGAUGAUGAGGAAGCAAUCCAAAGUCAAAUUCCACGCCUUUUGGACAUUGUGCUGUAUCUUUGUGAGAAAGAACAUGUUGAGGGUGGUAUGAUAUUCCAGCUAUUGGAAGAUUUAACAGAAAUGUCUACAAUGAGAAACUGUAAAGACAUCUUUGCUUAUAUAGAGAGUAAACAAGAUAUAUUGGGGAAGCAAGAGCUCUUUGCACGUGGAAAGCUUGUGAUGCUGAGGACGUGCAAUCAACUUCUUCGUCGUCUGUCAAAGGCAAACGAUGUGGUUUUUUGUGGACGAAUUCUCAUGUUUCUGGCUCAUUUCUUUCCCUUGUCUGAGCGUUCAGCUGUGAAUAUAAAGGGGGUUUUCAACACAUCUAAUGAAACAAAAUAUGAGAAAGAUGCCCCUGAAGGAAUUUCUCUUGAUUUCAACUUUUACAAGACUUUUUGGAGUUUACAGGAACACUUUUGCAAUCCUGCUUCUAUAUCUCUUGCUCCUACCAAGUGGCAGAAGUUUACAUCCAAUUUAAUGGUUGUGUUGAAUACCUUUGAAGCUCAGCCUUUGAGUGAUGAAGAGGGUAAUGCUAAUAAUCUGGAGGAAGAGGCAGCAACUUUCAGCAUAAAAUAUCUUACAAGCAGCAAACUAAUGGGUUUAGAGUUGAAAGACCCAAGUUUUCGACGCCAUAUUCUUGUUCAAUGCCUCGUAUUGUUUGAUUAUCUGAAGGCCCCUGGAAAGAAUGACAAAGACUUGCCAUCUGAUAGUAUGAAAGAAGAGAUAAAAUCUUGUGAAGAGCGUGUGAAGAAACUGCUUGAGAUGACCCCACCGAAAGGGAAAGAGUUUCUUAAUAACAUUGAGCAUAUACUAGAACGUGAAAAGAAUUGGGUAUGGUGGAAACGUGAUGGUUGCCCACCAUUUGAAAGACAGCCAAUAGAGAAGAAAGCUGUUCAAGAUGGUGCCAAAAAACGUAGGCCAAGGUGGAGAAUGGGAAAUAAAGAACUCUCUCAGUUGUGGAAGUGGGCAGAUCAAAACCCAAAUGCUCUUACUGAUCCACAGCGUGUCCGCACUCCCGCUGUCUCAGAGUAUUGGAAACCCUUGGCUGAAGAUAUGGACUUAUCCGCUGGAAUUGAAGCUGAAUACCACCAUAAAAACAACCGGGUUUAUUGCUGGAAAGGUCUUCGAUUUGCAGCUCGGCAAGACUUGGAUGGAUUUUCUAGAUUUACUGAGUAUGGAAUUGAAGGGGUUGUGCCUAUGGAACUUUUGCCUUCAGAUGUCCGGUCCAAAUAUCAAGCUAAACCAAGUGACAGGUCUAAACGUGCUAAAAAAGAAGAAACAAAAGGUGCUGCACAACAAGCAGAGGAAAACCAGAUCGCAACACCUGCGAGUGAGAUUGAUGGGGAGGGAACCAGAGUUGAUCUUGAAGCCUCAGCAGCACCAAUGGACACUGAUGUCACAGCCACAACUCCAACAGCAGAUGAAAAUCAGAAGCAAAGCUCUGACACCGAUGCGGGUCAGGAGGCAGGGCAGUCAGAAGCAGAGGCUGGAAUGAUAGAUGGGGAGACAGAUGCAGAGGUUGAUUUAGAUGCAGUUGGCUGAGACAUGCAGGACCAGCAUUCUGGACUGGCCUUAGUAGUUGACCCAAAGCCAAAAUUACAGUGCUAGCUGUUUAUCUCUCUUUACUAAACAAGGCAGUAAGCAUUAUAUCACUGAUAAAUGCAAAUAAUAUCGUCACAAUUUUUUAGGAACAUUUCUUUGUAACAUUAAUUCCAAACUUUGCAAAAGCAUUUGAUUCCUUUCUCAAAA